AUGUUACCAAGUUUGCGAAUGUCACUUCGAUUUUGUUACAUGAAUGCAGAAGAGACAAGAACAGUCAGUAGAGUGAAGAGAUUCAAACAGAUUGAAAUGGGAGGUGAAAAAUGUAGAGAAAGUGUAGAAUUUGGGGGUAGGGUUGGCUUGGUAUCGGGACUGAAGUGCUGCAUUUAUAAAGCAGGAACAUGCACAGAGCAGAGUGGAGCAUGUCUGAAGCCUGGGAAAGCUCCUGAAAUCAAACAAGAGACUGUAAAAGUUGCAGCACAAGCAGCAGCUAAAAAGGAUGAAAAGAAGGAAGAUUCCAAGAAAGCCAAAAAAGCUGAAGAAGCAAAGUCGCCAAAGAAGGAACAUUCAGAAAGUGAACGAGCCAAAGAAGAGGCUGGUCCUGCCACAACUAAAAAAGCUGUACCUGGCAAAAAGGAAGAGAAAACAACCAAGACAGUGGAGCAAGGUAAAAAAAAAUGAAGGAGGUUGACAUUAUCUUCCUUAGAAAGACAACAACAUGCGGAGGAAAGCACUGGAUUCAGACAGGCGGAAGACAAUAACCUUUAAAUCUAUCGCUCUAUGUCGUUGUCCUUGCUUGUUCUUCUGUGCCAGAGAGAAUGUGAGAUGGCAAUCUGGGUUUGUCAUUCUUUGUGUAACUAAAUUUUAAGGAUACGUUCAAACAGGAAAACUCCCAGGCUACUUACUUACUUCAGGAGAAAAGCUGAUGAAUAUUGAGGAAUUAAUUUCAGGCAACUGGGAGACAUAUUUCUGUUUGACUUGUGAUUUCCACACCACCUUGCUGAUCACUGCUUGUAGUUCGCAGAAUAAAGAUCACUUAAUUCUAUUUAUGCAAAAUGGUUUCAAUUGCUUGAAAAAUAAUAUGUAAAAGUUAAAAGAAAAACA